AUGUCAGAUUUGUAUGAUACUCUUAGUACAACUAUGGAGAUUCAAAGUAUCAUGGUUCCAUUUCCCGAUGAGAAAGUUCUUAUGAAGAAAGUCAUGGAUGACGAGUGUGGAUGGAAAGAUGUGGAUGAUGCAAUUGAAGACGGUUGGACAAAGCGUAUAGUUAAGGAAAAGAAGCCAAUAUUUUUUGAAAAUAUGCAUAAAGCAGAUGUUGCUAGCCGAGCAGUUGAGGCUAAUCCAGAUGGAGGUAAUUUGGCUCAAGAAAAUAUUGGUCAAAUGAAGCAAGGUUGGAAGAAGGUUGCUCCGACCAAGGUGGCUCUGAAAAAGAUGACUGCGAAAUUUGAUACUCUGGAUACAAGAUUGAAAAUUGUGGAAGUAAAUGUGAAACAAUUGAAAGAAGCAAAAAAGGUUGUUAAGGCUACUAAGAAUGUAGCAUAUUGUGUGGAUGUGGGUGAGGAAGAAGAGGUUGUUGAGUUUGAAGGGAUUGUUGAGGAGGAAGAGGUUGUUGAGGAUGAAGAGGUGGCUGAAUUGGAUUGUGAGGGUACUAAAAAUUUAGUGGUGGGUGACAAUCGAAAAGAGAAAGUCAUGGAUGACGAUUGUGGAUGGAAAGAUGUGGAUGAUGCAAUUGAAGACGGUUGGACAAAGCGUAUAGUUAAGGAAAAGAAGCCAAUAUUUUUUGAAAAUAUGCAUAAAGCAGAUGUUGCUAGCCGAGCAGUUGAGGCUAAUCCAGAUGGAGGUAAUUUGGCUCAAGAAAAUAUUGGUCAAAUGAAGCAAGGUUGGAAGAAGGUUGCUCCGACCAAGGUGGCUCUAAAAAAGAUGACUGCGAAAUUUGAUACUCUGGAUACAAGAUUGAAAAUUGUGGAAGUAAAUGUGAAACAAUUGAAAGAAGCAAAAAAGGUUGUUAAGGCUACUAAGAAUGUAGCAUAUUGUGUGGAUGUGGGUGAGGAAGAAGAGGUUGUUGAGUUUGAAGGGAUUGUUGAGGAGGAAGAGGUUGUUGAGGAUGAAGAGGUGGCUGAAUUGGAUUGUGAGGGUACUAAAAAUUUAGUGGUGGGUGACAAUCGAAAAGAGGUGGGUGAAGAGGAGAUGGGGAUUGUUGAUUCGGCGUAUGGUAAUGCGGCGGAGACGGUUGAGGCCGCCGUUAGGUUAGGUGAGGAGAUUGUUAUGAGACGUGGUGGUGGACACGUGUAUGGUAAGAUGAGAGAGACUCUUUUAAGAGAGGUUCUUGUCCAUACGAUUGGUUUUGAUGAGACCGGUUCGAGUGGGGUGCAAAACACUGGAUCUAAACUCUAA